AAUAUUAUUAUUAUUUUUUUUUUAAUUUUCGAAUGCAAUUAAAGAGAACUGAAAGAACCAUUCAAACCAAAGCUCAAUUUCAACAGCUAUCUUCUUUCUCUCUCUAUAGUUCUCUCUUUCUAGAGAGAGAAACUCUCGUGUAGUUUACAGAUACAGAGAUAAUGACGGGGCUGAUUAUGGUGACCAGGGGUGGUGGGUGUGCUGGUGGUGAUGAUGGUGGUAGCGGUGGUAAUGGUGGAAGUGGAAAGGGUUCAUUGAAAAGCUCAGAAGAAGACCAAAACCAACUCUCAUUGGUGACGUUUCUCUUGGCUGCUCUGAAGAAAUCUAUGGUGGCUUGUCGUGUCGAGAGAGGUGAAGAUGUAAUCUCCAGUACCGUUCAUCAGAUGGAGAUUGGAUGGCCCACUAAUGUCCGUCACAUAACCCAUGUGACCUUCGAUCGCUUCAAUGGCUUUCUGGGUCUUCCUGUUGAGUUCGAGGUUGAGAUCCCUGGUCGAGUUCCCAGUGCUAGUGCAAGCGUCUUUGGGGUCUCCGCCGAAUCAAUGCAAUGCGGUUAUGAUUCAAAAGGGAACAGUGUCCCUACUAUUCUCUUGCUAAUGCAGGAGCGCCUUUACUCGCAAGGAGGUUUAAAGGCAGAAGGAAUAUUUAGAAUAAACCCAGAAAAUAGUAAAGAGGAACAUGUGAGGGACCAACUGAACAGGGGGAAUGUGCCAGAUGACAUUGAUGUACAUUGUUUGGCUGGAUUAAUUAAAGCUUGGUUUAGAGAGCUUCCUUCAGGUGUACUAGAUGGACUUUCACCUGAACAAGUUCUCCAAUGCAACAGCGAAGAAGAGUGCGCAGAGCUUGUGAAGCAACUAAAGCCUACAGAGACAGCAUUGCUCAACUGGGCAGUUGAUCUCAUGGCUGAUGUUGUUGAGGAAGAAGAGUACAACAAAAUGAACGCCAGAAAUAUUGCUAUGGUUUUUUCUCCAAACAUGACUCAAAUGUCUGAUCCAUUGACGGCUCUGAUGCAUGCGGUUCAAGUGAUGAACUUGCUCAAGACUCUCAUCACUAAAACACUAAGAGAGCGCGAAGAGACUGCAACUUCUGGAGGAUAUUCACCCAUGUCAUCAUGCUCUUCUGAUCAUCAUAGCGAUGAAGAUUUUGAUAGUCAGCAAGAGCUGGACACUAGCAGUGAAACCAGAGGGCGUGCACCAGAUUAUGAUGAAGAUGACAAUUGCAGCCAUGGCAGUGAAGAAGAAGAUGAAGAUGAUGAUGAUGGCGGAGCUCAUUCACUCGGUGAGACAGAAGAAUGUUUUUUGAGGCAGCUGGAUCACAACAAAGCUGUUACCAUAACCAGCUCCGCUGAUCAAUCAGUCGGUGAUUUGCAACAAAACUAUGCUGCCAAUCAUGCUAAAUCUUGCACUCCCUGGAGCCACAUGGAGGACUCUGGUGUAUCUUUCAGUGAAAGCAAAGAGGAAAAUUCAGGCUUGACUACAUGUGAGGGGGAAGAAGUAGAAGACUCUGGCAAAAGCUUGGUAUGUUUUGAAAAGAGGAUUAAUGAUAAAGAGGGAUCAUCAAUAGACAGCAGCUUCUUCAAACAUGAACAAAAUCAAAACAUUGAGACUAGUAGGAGACAAUGACAAACGACCAUAGUUUGCAUUUGGUGAGAAUCUUUGAUCUGACCCAAUGCUGUUGACGUCUGAAGAAUGGUAGAAGAAUUAAUUAAUUUGCUUAGCUCUCUACUUUUGGUUUGUUUCUGUAAAUUAAGAAAUGUGUGCUGUUGUUCAGCAAAGAGGGGUUGACUGAACUAAGCAUGCAUUUCCAUUAAGCUUGUGAUUGGUCUGUGACUCGUGAGAAAUUGAAAAGGGUUUCAGCUUUGGGCUGAACCCUUACUUUACCACCUUAAGGUUCAUGAUGUGUGUACUAAUUAGGAAGGAAUUUUCUAGCCAUCGACAUUAUUUUGAUUGGAAUGAAUUAGUGUUAAGUCA